AUGCCUUGGAAAAGUGAGGAAAUCAAGGACUUUCUGUUCACAGCCAGGCGAAAGGAUGCCAAGUCUGUCAAGAUCAAGAAAAAUAAGGAUAGGGUAAAGUUUAAAGUUCGGUGCCACAGAUCCCUUUAUACCUUGUUCACCACAGACAAAGAGAAGGCUGAGAAACCAAAGCAGCCUCUGCCCCCUGGGUUGACAGUGAAGGAGCUGAAAUGA